AUGGCAGCUGCUACCUUGAAUGGAGUUGACAAGCUCAGCCCAGACCUUGGCAUGUCCUCUGACGAAGAGGAUUUUGUCUCCAGCCAAAGCACUGCCUCUGGGGACAUCGACCAGUCAGCCAAGCAGCAUUUGUCAACCGCUCUCGAAAAGAUGCAGCACCAGAACGUGACCUGGACGUUUCCUCCCGAAACAAGAGCUUCUAGUGACACACCUCCAGCCUCGAAAAUGGCGAAAAAGCCACUGGAGCUGCUGGACUUACCUCUGGAUGUCCUCAAGGACAUUAUCAAAGAGGUAACGCACACCAAUGACCUCACUUCUCUUGCUCUCACUUGCUCCGCCAUUCACUCGUUGACAAUUCCUCAUAUGUACUCACGAUUCGACAUUGUCUGGCCGGAAUCCCUCACCCCAACCCCGGAGGACUACACGGGAGUUGAUGCUCUCUCUCACGGCCUGUCUACACUGGUUAUGGGAGAGGAUGUGUUCGGACAAUUGCCGCUGUUGGGAUCUUCUCGAUCCGCAAGCGCCUGCUCGCAUUGCGGUUGCGAUGAUCGUGGUCAUCGCCCGGCUUCUACUUCUCAAGAAGUGGAGCCCAGAGUCAGCUUGCGCCGAGGAAACAAUUACGCGCAAUACACGCGCACGUUCUCCAUUGGCAAUGGUCCGCUGGGAUGGGUCCAAGAGUACUCGGUGAACAAAGAGGUUGGCAAGAUGCUCGGGACGCUGGUCGCCUUGGCUGUCGCACGCAUGGUCAAUCUCGAGGCGUUCAUAUGGGACAUGCCGACGGGGGUGGUGCGUGAAAUCUGGCUUGCGCUGGCCUCGCUAGCCAAUCGGCCGGGCCACGAGUGUCGUCUUGAGCGUGUCUGGGUGCGCUGGCACGACAAUUCAGAGCAUACUUGGCGCACCUCGACCAUGAUGAUCUCGCGACUGCUCCACAACUACAAGCACGUAGAACACCCUUCAUUGUCCGUGUUGCCGCCGCUGAAGAGCGUGGCUGUCCUCGACAUUGAUGAACCGGCGUAUGUGGAGGAACUGGCCGUCCUGGUUGAGAGAUCACAUCAACGCCUGACGGAACUGCGAAUCGGCAUCUCUGCUAAGGCCUAUAUGGCCCCCUGGCUUAUCUGCGGGAAGGACUCUGAUACCUCAUCGACGUGGCCCAGGAUGAGCGGUGUACUUGGGAUCCUUUCACCCCGCAAUCCGGUUCAGCAGGAUGACGCGACUACCGUGGCAUCAAUGGCUGAACUUUCAAUGGCUUCAGAGGGCUGGGGCUCUGGACCCGCGUCCGCCUCCGCGUCCGCCUCCUCUGCUGAACAGAACCUCCAAACCUCGGCCAUUUCUGUUAAUGGACAAGUGACCUCACCCCAGAACGUGAGCUCGUCUAACGCCAUCCAUGGCAGCAACUCCUCGCCGCUAGCAGCCUCAGCUUCCCCGGGAACCAGUGCUCGGUCAUCUGCUAAAGUUCCUCAUCCCGGGGAUAAGGUGUUCAAUCUCCAGCUUCUCGAAUUAGAGCGGGUUCCUCUAUUUAUGCCGUCGCUUCUUCCCGCCAUCGACUGGACUCGCCUUGCGACCCUCACCAUAAUGCGAUGUGAAGACCAUGAGAAGCUCUGGGGAGCCCUUCGCCGCAAAUAUGCACCACCGGAAUUGCCACCAAAGCGAUCGCAGAACGGAGAUCAUGAUCGGCCGAGUUUGAGAUCCGAUGACUUUGCGCUGAAGAUCAAAAAUCUUCGCACAGACACAGUCUCACCUCACUUCAUGCUCUUCAUCAAGGAGGCUUUGGCCCCGAAUACCCUGGAGUGUGUCUCUCUGCACGAAGCACCAUCCUACGAUUCUACCGUCCAAGUCGACGCCAUUUACCGACACAUCCUGCGGAAACACCGACUGAGUCUGCGAAAUAUCCUGGUCGAUGCGACCGAUCGGACAAUCGCGCAUGACAGCAUGAACACACAAUGGCACAAGUGGAUCUUCAACCACGAGAUGAUCUCAUUCGUCACUAGUGGCCGCAUGCCGCAUCUUAAGGAACUGGCCAUGUCAAUGCAUUAUCGGGAUUGGCACUAUUUCCUUCAGCGUCUCCCCAACAUGCCCCAGGUCCGUGCUUUAUACCUGCCGCAUAUUAGGCACAGCGUCCACCGCGACCUGAAAGAGCUCGCUCUCCAGAUCCUCGACAUUGUCAGUAUUCGGCCGGAUCUCAAAGUCGCUUACAUUGGCCUGGAAAACAAAUGCUACCAGAUUCUCGAGGCGACUCGCAAUGACCAAGAUUCCGAAUUUGACGACAACAACCCGACUGACCCUUUUGCUCCUACCGACGAAGAAGACCCGUGGGACAACGGCAAUUUCCAGCCCAAUACCCUAGAAGAAGAGGAAGAAGACAUCCCAGACGCGCAGCUAGUCGAUGAUCUUGCCAACGACGACUCCGAUGACUCGGAUAGCGAGCCGGAAGCACUUGGUGCUUCCCGGAUUCAAUUUCGGCUGCAGGAGAUUCUCUUUUACGACGACAAGAUAUCUAUUUUCAAGGCACGUCAUGGCGUUCUGUGA